CGCAGUUCCCCUCACCCCGCUGCACGCCUCCCGGGUUUUCCCCUUGGCUCGGGGUUUCCUGUUUCAGUUCUAGGCAUCUCCAGCAGCAGGUGCUGGUUUGCCAACCUCUUCUCCAGAGGCGAAGGAAAGGAGAAGGGGAGGAGGAAGCGGCGGCGGCCGCGGUUGCGGGCGGGCGGGCGAGGAGCGAGGCAGCAGGAGGCAGAGCCUGGUUCGCUCUCGCCCGCGGAGCAGCGGCGCGGGCGGCGGGGCCGAGCCGAGGGCCGGGGUCGCUCCGAAGCCGGGGCCCCGGCGUGCGGCCGGCUGGCCGGGCUGGCGGGCGGCGAUGGGGGAGCCUCCCGCUUGCCCCGCGCCCUAGCAGCGGCCGCGGCGGCCCAGGGCUGAGGCAAGAGGCGGCCGCCUACCGGAGGGCCCCGGGGCUGCCCCGGCUUCCCGAGCAUGCUGUGAUGGCUGCUGAGAAGAGGCUGCAAGAGUACGGGGUGCUUUGCAUUCAGGAAUACAGACAAAACAGCAAGGUGGAGGCAAGUGUGCGGAACAGCUUCAUGGGCUUGAAGGAUCACCUGGGCAAUGACCUCAGCCACCUGCACGUGGACAGCACUGACCCUCAGUUAAGUGCAGCUGUGCCUUGGCCAAUGCCAGAGAAAACAGCAAUGGAUACAGUUAGUGCUGGGAAGGAAGAGCAAGAGGUGUCUGAAGAGAAUGUGAGUUUUGGUGACUCUGAAGAAAGCACAAAUUCCGAUCAUGAGUCAGAACAGUUGGGGAGCAUUUCAGCAGAGUCAUGCUUGUUAACCAACACUCACAGACAGCUGUGUAGGUCUCCCUGUCUAGAGCCACACAUUCUCAAACGUAAUGAAAUUCUGCAGGAUUUUAAACCGGAAGAGUCCCAGACUACAUGCAAGGACGUGAAGAAACCCCCUGAUGUGGUUCGAGAAUACCAAACAAAACUGGAGUUUGCACUUAAGUUAGGUUACUCCGAAGAACAGGUUCAGCUUGUGCUAAACAAACUUGGUACCGAUGCUUUAAUCAAUGACAUUUUGGGAGAACUUGUCAAGCUUGGAAAUAAAAGUGAAGCUGAUCCAUCAGUUAGCACAGUUAACAGUGUAAUGAGGGAAUCGGCUUCCCUGGAAUCUCAAAGGCCUGAAUCUCCUAUGCAAGAGCUUGUAGCAGAUGAUGGGGAAAAUCUGAGACCCAUUGUUAUUGAUGGCAGUAACGUGGCAAUGAGCCAUGGAAACAAAGAAGUGUUUUCCUGCCGAGGAAUAAAAUUGGCAGUGGAUUGGUUUUUGGAAAGAGGCCACAAGGAUAUUACAGUGUUUGUCCCUGCUUGGAGGAAGGAGCAGUCCCGGCCUGAUGCUCUCAUCACAGAUCAGGAAAUUUUACGUAAAUUAGAAAAGGAGAAAAUCCUAGUGUUUACACCGUCCCGGCGAGUCCAGGGGAGACGCGUGGUGUGCUAUGACGACAGGUUCAUCGUGAAGCUGGCGUUUGAGUCAGACGGUAUCAUUGUGUCCAAUGAUAACUACAGGGAUUUGGCUAACGAGAAACCAGAAUGGAAGAAGUUCAUAGACGAGCGAUUAUUGAUGUAUUCCUUUGUCAAUGACAAGUUCAUGCCCCCAGAUGACCCUCUUGGUAGACAUGGCCCAAGUCUGGAUAAUUUCCUGAGGAAGAAACCUAUUGUUCCUGAACACAAAAAGCAGCCCUGUCCAUAUGGAAAGAAGUGCACCUACGGACACAAGUGCAAAUACUACCAUCCCGAGAGGGGCAGUCAGCCUCAGCGCUCAGUGGCUGACGAACUUCGAGCCAUGUCUAGAAACACAGUGGCCAAAACUGCCAAUGAAGGAGGACUGGUGAAAAGCAACAGUGUCCCUUGCAGCACUAAGGCUGAUAGCGCUUGUGAUGUCAAACGAGGUGCUCCCAAGAGGCAGUCAGAUCCAAGCAUAAGGACUCAUGUCUACCAAGACCUAGAAGAAAAGCUUCCCACCAAAAACAAACUGGAAACCAGGUCUGUACCUUCCUUAGUUAGUAUACCGGCUACUUCUACGGCAAAACCCCAAAGCACUACAUCUUUAAGCAAUGGCCUUCCAUCUGGAGUUCAUUUCCCACCUCAGGAUCAAAGACCGCAGGGACAAUAUCCUCCAAUGAUGGUGGCAACCAAAAAUCAUGGAACGCCAAUGCCUUAUGAACAGUAUCCAAAAUGUGACUCGCCAGUUGACAUCGGAUAUUACUCCAUGAUGAACGCAUAUUCAAAUCUGAGCAUCUCAGGCCCACGAAGUCCUGAAAGGCGGUUCUCUUUAGACACGGAUUACAGGAUAAGUUCUGUAGCCUCUGACUGCAGCAGUGAAGGGAGCAUGAGCUGUGGGAGCAGUGACUCCUACGUGGGCUACAACGACCGCUCCUACGUCAGUUCUCCUGACCCACAGCUGGAAGAGAAUCUGAAGUGUCAACACAUGCACCCUCACAGCCGCCUUAAUUCCCAACCCUUCCUGCAGAAUUUCCACGAUCCCUUAACCAGAGUGCAAAGUUACAGUCAUGAAGAACCAAAGUUCCAUCACAAGCCUCCUCUUGCGCACUUGGCUAUGCAUCUGCAGCACCCGGCUGUGGGUGCCCGCUCCAGCUGUCCUGGGGACUACCCCUCCCCGCCAAGUUCAACACACUCUAAGGCACCCCACCUCGGCAGGUCCCUUGUAGCCACAAGGAUCGACAGCAUUUCAGACUCUCGACUGUACGACAGCUCUCCUUCCAGACAGAGGAAGCUUUAUUCCCGCCAGGAAGGACUGGGCAGCUGGGAGAGGCCCAGUUAUGGGAUGGAGGCAUAUGGGUAUCGGCAGACUUACUCCUUGCCGGAUAACUCCACACAGCCGUGCUAUGAGCAGUUCACCUUCCAGAGCCUACCUGAACAGCAAGAGCAGACCUGGCGAGUGCCAUACUGUGCAAUGCCACAGGAUCCUCCGAGGUAUCAAGACAGCCGAGAAAAGAUCUACAUCAACCUGUGCAACAUCUUCCCACCUGACCUUGUGAGAAUCGUCAUGAAAAGGAAUCCUCACAUGACCGACGCCCAGCAGCUCGCCGCAGCCAUUUUGGUGGAGAAAUCCCAAAUGGGUUAUUGAAAGCUGAUGCAUCUUUGUGGUGUUUAGUAGUUUUUUGUUCAGCUUAAAUGCUGAGGGAGGUUUGCUACAAUAGCACAUGUGAUCUUCCCAGCGAGGAGGUCAUGUAGUAUCCAUUUAUGUGAAAUACUGUAUCAUGGAAUCUGUAUUAUAGCCCCACACAGUGGAAAUAUCACAGGAUUGUUUUACAUUCAAGCUUUUUUUAACAUUUGCUUUUUAAAACUAUAUCUUUGGCUGGAAGUUUUUCCAGUUUGAUUUAAUAGAUAUAUCUGUGAUCUUUGAUAUUAAUCUUUGGUGCAUCAGGGGUUUAUAUGCAGCACUUUUUAUCUUUGUUUCAUGUUUUAUUAACUGGGAGUUUAACUAUCAAUUGCAAGCAAUUACAAUAUCUUCAGAAUGUGGAACAUUUGACUAGACCUAGCAAACUGGUUUUUUAAGCCAAGCUUAAUUAGAAUCUUUUACAGCUUUUUAAGUUAUUUUUCUUUGGGGAAAGUGGGUUUCUUUGUGCUAUAAUCAUAAUUUAUAGAGACAAAGAUAUACUACAGCACUGACUUUAUAUUUUAAACAAAGUGUAAGUUACCAAUAUAAGUUGAAAUUGGCAACUAUAUAUAUGUAUGUAUGUAUGUAUAUAUACACGCACACAUAUAUAUUAGAAUGAGUUUCAGUAUGGCACUUUUCAUUUUUGUUUGAGUUAUUUUCUGUUAAGAAACUAGUUAAUUUAAUAUGGUUGAUUUAAAAAGAAAACAGUUGCAAUCAAUGAAAAAAAAUGUUCCCCCCUUUUUUUACAUGAAUAAGGCAAAAGCCGUCACUGUUACAUGUUAGAGCUUUGUUACCCAGCUCUACUGUGCUUCUAGACAGUAGGAAUGGAAUGGAAUUCCUAGAUUUUCCUUAGCCUGUAUUUUCAAUAUGUAUGUCUUUUUGUUUGGGGGCACAAUAAUACUGGAUAAAAUAACCCUUUUACAGUACUGGCCUAUUUUUAAUGAAUCUAAUUAUUCUCAAUGCAACUUUUAUAUUUAAUAUACUCUUUAGCUUUCCUGCUAUUUAUCAAGACUGGCCUGAGUGAAUUUCUGUGUUGAGGAUAUGCAACCUUUAUUGAUAACUGCACUAUAGAAACGGUGAUGAAGAAGUUGUAAAUGGUAACUUAAGUUUUUUGUAAGAUACUGUAUAUUUUCCAUUUUCCUGAAGAUAGGUUUUUUUUUGGGGGGGGGGGACCUGUUAUAUUAUUAAGGCCAGAUUCUUGCCACAAAUAGUGUAGUUUUAGAUCCAGACUCAAGUCUGUUCUAGUAUUAGUAAGGGAUAUUUCUGGUUUCAGAGUCAUGGGCUUUGCUGGCAGUGAAUGCUUUCAUGCAGUUUCUAGAAGACAGGUUUUGCGAUCAGUGGCAGACAGUUGUGAGAGUGACAUAACUUGGUUGUAAUAGACACAUUCAGAUCUGCUUCCACUGUCUGCCUGAAGGCCCGCCCCGGUCCCUGGGAUGAUUCUGCCUGUUACAGUUUGAAAUGAAACCCUGAAAAACCAGAAAGUACCUUUUACUGUUGAUACAAAUUGUAUCUUUUUAACUAUAAGAGCUAUUUUGAUUUGUAGAUCUAGUUAAAACACAAAUGUGUAACUAUGAUUAGACUUUUGGGCAACAUUUUAUCCCUUAUUGAAAUAUAAAUUUUAAAGUAAAAUUGAAAUUUAGAAUAGGGUAGAAAAUAAAAGUAACAAUUUAGGUAAAUACAAGUGUCUGUCUUAGUUUUAUAUAAUAUAUUAAAAUGUUGAAUAAAUUUAUUGGCAUUUUUCUUUCUCCUAAAACUUAUCUAGUGUGAACUUAAAAUAAAGGUAAAAUGCUGCCUGAAAAUAAUGUCCAAGCACCUUUGACUAGGAUAACAUUUUCACUACUUGUGUGACACUGUGUGUUGCAUGAAGUAGGAUUUGGGUAUACAGUAAAUGCUUCUAAAAGGCAUUGUGCAUAUUGACAUAUCCAAUAAUCUGAACCGUGUUCAGCAAACUUAAUUCAGGAAAGUGGUGUUCUACACAAUUAUUGCUGUUGUGUUUGCAGUGAAUGUGGUACUCCUCUGUCCCCUGCAAUAAGACAGGUGACGCCACCCAAACCAUUCUGAGUGGCGUCUGUCCAGAGCGACCCUACUCACUCGUUCUGAAACUGUUCCACUUGAGUCUCUUGGUCACUAUCUAUAAAACAGGUUUAAAGUAGAGGCUAAACAAGUGCCAAAAUUAGGGUUACAAAUAAGUCGGGUUGCAAAUAUGUAGUACCUUUGUAGUUAUUUUCUGAGACUUUCUUCUUUUCCGUAUGAAAUCACUUUUUAAUUGUACAUGUAGGUUUGACUUCUAUUUUCUUCCUUCUAAUAUUUAAAUUAUUUGAAGAUUCUACCAAACCUUACUAAAUUUGUUUAAAAGGCAUGUAAGAAGACAUGUAUAUGAUGCUUUUAAUUUGACUUUCUCAUAUUUUUAACAGACUGUCAUUUUUCUUGAACAGUCAUAGCCCCUCCUGCCACACAAACCAGGUGACUAGUGCUGAGCUAACCCACUCUCGGAUCCUUCAGUGGCGUUCACUGUGGGCUCACCAAGAGUGGUUUUCUUGUGGUCAGGGGCAUACUAUGUUCUGUUUUUUUCUGAUUGCUUUUUGUCUUGUUUUUUUAAUCAAAGCGGUAAAUAAAAGCAGUCCAGCAUUAGAUUAAGAUCCUAGCUAAUCACAGACCUUCAUUUUAGCCAAUACUUUCUCACUAAUCCCUCUUGAUCAGAUUUGCUAAAACAAAGACCAAAAAUGUAACUGGAGAGAGAGAAAAAGAUGUGUUAAUAAGUAGUGAACUUGCCAGAAGUGAUCAACCUAUGGAAGAAAAAAAUUACUUAGUCUAAAGUAUUCUGCCUCUGAUUGGUGGACAGGGGACUGGAGUUUCCACCAUGAUUUGCAGUCCCUAGUCUGUAUGUCUUAGUCCAGAGGGAACAGUACCCAAUGGCCAAAUACUGGUCUUUUGUAUUUCCACCUGUCUUGCAUGUGAUACAGAAACUUUUCAUCUCAUUUGUAUGAUCCUUGUUUCCUGACAGAGCCUGUCAUUGACUAAACAUGCAAAGACAUGCCCACUGUUAUAAACUAUUUGAUACUGGGGGAAACAUGAAUCUUUUGCUUUCACAAAAAUUCAGCUUUGAAAAUGUGUAUAAAACUAAAGAAGUGUUUUAUAUAUCUAUACACACACAUAAUUGUUAUGAAGCAUUAAAACUGGGGAAAAGAGAAUAUUGUUGAUGGCUGACUUUUCCCGGAUUGAACUGUGUUUCUUUCAGUAGUGUUAGCCAAGCCUGAGGUCUGCAUGACCAAUGAUAAGAUUUAGAACCAUUUACAUGGAAAGUAACUCUUCACUGGUUUUAUUCCUGGUAUUUUUAAAAAAUUAAUUUGGUAAUUUUAAUAGAACUGCAAUUUUAAAAUACACACAAGUUGUAUUAAUUAUAUAAAUAAUUAUUUAACUUACCUUUUAUGGAUGUAUCUAUGUGUAUAUAUACAGUAAUAUAUUUAUAAAACAAAUAUGCUUUAUGUUGUAGGUCUUAGUUUGUGUUGUAUGGGAGAAUGGCUGUUGUGUGUGUGUGUGUGUGUGUGUGUGUGUGUGUGUGUAAAACUUUUAAGCUGUUUUCCCCUGACUUACGCCAUUUAUUCUAAAGUAAAUACAUUUUUUGUUGUUGCUGUUGUUAUUCUUUUUACCAUCCAACUUCCUUAGUCAGUAUAAAAUAAAACGUACAAUGUUCUGGUCAUUCUUUGGAGCAUGGCUCCUUCGUCUUUAUUAUUAUCUAAGUCCCAGACAACUCCUGAGCUGGCAGAAUUCAAACACAUCAUGCUCCAGAUUAGCUUAUGUUUCAAGUAAACUAAAGCUGAACAUGCACCUGUGAUGUUAUAUUUACAACAUGUGUUCAAUAAACAAAAUGUAUAAAAAGCUAUAUGACACAAGGUGCAUUCGAAGAAAGUGGAUAGUCAGAAAUAGGAAAGAAAUGAACAUUAUUUGCCUUGUCCGGGUCUCCCCUAAGGCAGGUGUUGACCAGCUUUCUCUGUGAAGUGUCUUACACUGACUCAUUCAGAUUUUGAGAACUGUGGUCACCUCUGCCUUUCCAGCAUAAAGACAGCCACAAACAAUAUGUAAAUGAAUAUGUGUGGCUCUGUUCCAAUAAAACUUUUUUACAGAAACAGGCAGCAGGCCAGAUUUGGCCAUGAUAUCUGCCCUGAAAGGACAACAUUAAGGAGUAAACUCUGAUAAGUAUUAAUAUGAGAAGUAAUCAUUGUAUUUCACCUGACAGUCAUGGAAAACCUCUGUUACUGCCCUUCAAAAUAAGACCCGAGGCAGUCAUCGCAAACGAUCUUCUUUUUUUAAUCUGGCCAUGCCUUUUAUUUAUUAGAUACUUCUUGUGUCUAAAGCAUUCUGUAAAAAGAUGUUUUAAUAAAUAUUGGAAUUUUUUUCAUGAACUUUGAAUUUAUCUGUCUUUGAUUUCUCAAUGGCCUCAUGGACCAAAAACUGUUAUAUUUUGACAAUUAGCCAAUAAUUAGCCACAAAUGUUUUAAAGACUGCCUUUGUCAGUUUCAUUCUUCUGUCUGUUUUUUGGCUUCCAAUUAACUGACAGAUCUUUCUUUCUUUAAAAAUGGUUUUACAGAAAAUAAAUAUGUUGUGAUUUCACAUACUAAAGCUUUCUUUUGUACAAUUUGAAAUUGUGACUAGUAUAAUUGUAGCUAUAAUGUCAGUGUAUUUGUUACAUUGUGACUCUUAAUAAGCAACCAACUGUGUUUCUGCUUUCUCUGACCAAAUGUUUAGAUUCCUAAGAAAUCUUAGGACUGCCAAUAGUGAAUGAUGUUCUUAAUAUGAUCAUGUGUAAUUUGGAAAUCAUUGAAGCACCCACUGUUGAGCAUGUUUCCCUGUAAUACUUCCUAUAUGGUGUUAUAAAUUUUCAUGAGAACAUUAAAUAGUUCAUGAACAUCA